CCCUCCCGCUUAUCGCGGUACCGGGACACGGCGGGGAAGGAGCGGAGAGGAACCGAGGGAAGCGCAGAGGAACGGGAGCGGGCCCCGCGGCGGAAGAUGGCGGCGGGCGAUGGCGCGGCCGCGAGUGAGGGCUCCGCGGGGCCGGGGCCGGUGUCGUUCGCCUUCAGCCGCAGGGCGGAGCGGCGGCGGCCGCUCCCCGCGGGACCCUGCGCGGAGCCCGGCACCGGCGCCGACGCCGACAGCGACACCGACUUCCUGACGGCGGUGGAGGACCGGAGCUGGCUGGCCACGCGGCCGGCCCCGCCCCCCAAGCAGGAGCUGGUGAUCCCCCUGCGCCCCGCCCAGCGCUGGAGGAACCCCGAGCCCCCCAGCGCCGAGCCCGGCCCCAACGGGACCCCCCCUCUGUGGAGGCACAGGCGGUGCAGGAGCUGCUCCAGGGAGCUGCUCCAGGGCGCGGCAGCCGGGAGCAGCCCAACGGUAGACUCGGGAGCGGCCGUGACCAUCCCCAUGCAGCUGCCGGACAGGGAGGUGGCCACGGGGCCACAGCCGACCCCCCAGGACUACGAGGCCGUUCCCGUGGGGCAGUUCGGGCUGGCCAUGCUGCGGGGGAUGGGCUGGAGCCAGGGCCAGGGCAUCGGCAGGACCUUCCCCAGGGUGGUGCCCCCCCUGGAGCAGCGGCCCCGCCCGCGGGGGUUGGGGCUGGGGGCUGAGGCCGCCCCCCCCGGGACCCCCAAAUCUGGGGAGCCCCCCCAGGAGGGCCCGGCCCCGGGAGACACCGUCAGCAUCGAGAGCGGCCCCCACCGCGGGGUCAGGGGCAAGGUGGAGGCUCUGGAGCCCGAGACCGGGCGGGCGCUGGUUCGGCUGCAGCUGGGGGGACAGAUGGUGACAGUGCCGGGCCACGGGCUGAGGCUGCUGGGUGCCUCGGGCCGCCCCCCCCAGGCUGAGGAGGGGGCGCAGGGCGGGGACCCCCGCGGGGAGGGGGCAAGAGGAGAGAGCGGCCCGAGAGCCACAGGAUUUUUGGGGGAUCCUGGGCUUUGCAUUUCCGGGGGGCCCCCCCCCGCGCCCCCUCCCCACUGGCUGCGGCGGGACCUGCGGGUGCGGUGUGUGGACAGGAGCUUCAGGGGGGGAGUGUUCUACAACUGCAAGAUGCAGAUCGAGGACCUGCUGGCCCCCGACACCUGCGUGUGCCGCACGGACGACGGGCGGCUGGUGGAGGGGCUGCCCGAGGCCUCUCUGGAGACCGUGGUGCCGCGGGGCGGCUCCGAGCGGGUCAUGGUGGUGCUGGGCGAGCACGCGGGGCAGGUCGGGCGGAUCCUGGAGCGGGACCCGGAGCGCGGCCGGGCUCUGGUGCAGCUGGGCCGGGACGCGGCUCCGCCGGUGCUGUCGCUGCCCUACGACUCCAUCUGCCAUUACCUGGGCGGGGGCGACGACGACUGAGACCCCCGGGCCCCCGCGCCAGCUUCCAACAUGGCGGCCGCGGCUUCGGGGCAAUAAAAGCUGUGACAACGA